UCCCUCUAUUCUAAGGAAUUAUUUUUCAUUUUGCCAUCUCUGAAGUUGGAAUACACCUUAUAAUCACUGGAAUGUCACGGUCUCGUUGGCAGCAUUUUUCUGCUUAGUAGCCCAUAAAAUAAUAGCACAUCUUGUAACUAACAGUGUUGUAGACGCUAUGAGAUCCUGGGGAAGCCCAGAGUCUAACUCCACCCUGUCUGACUCCAAAGACCAUAUAUUUCCUAUGCCCUUGGACUGGGGCACAGAUGUAGACAACUCGAGCUUUGCUCAUUGUGAGAAAUGUAUGAGAAAUGACGCCGAUGGAAUUUUCUUCUUGUAGUUGCAGGGGAACAAAGCGGCAUCAUUCCACUAUUCCAAGGGAGGUGCUAAAUACGAGGGUGAGGCUGUCAAGUGGUCCCUGGUGGAGUCCUACACUCACCCAAACAGCAACGAGACAGAGCAGAGGGAGAACAUCGAUACCGUCAUGAACUGGUUCACCAAGGAAGACUUUGACUUUGUGACUCUGUGCUACAGAGAGCCAGAUAACGUGGGACACCGAUUCGGGCCAGAGGCAGAGAACAGGAAGUUGAUGAUUCAGCAAAUCGACAGGACCAUCGGGUAUCUGGUGGGAGCCACUGAGAAGCACAGCCUGCAGAGCACCUCAGCGUCAUAAUCACAUGAGACCAUGGGAUGACCACCGUGAAGAAGAGACCCAAUGUCAACAAGAUCCCUUGUCCAACUACAUCAAGUUCAGGGACUUGGUCAAGUUUGAUAUUGUGGGCUACGGUGGCUUUGGGAUGCCCCUGCCCAAAUUGGGGCAAGAGGAAGCCCUUUACCAGGCACUGAAGAAUGCGUACCCUCACCUCCACAUCUACAAGAAGGAGGAGUUUCCAGAACACUUCCAUCUCGCUAAACAUGACCGGGUUCUGCCAAUCGUGAUGUAUGCCAACUCUGGUUACACUAUCAAUGGGGCAGAGAGCUGAUCAAAACAGCAAAAGCAAAGCAGUGCCCCUGGCCCAGUUCUGAAGCCAACCUUCCUUAAUCACCCAGACCCAUCACUGGUUAGGACUUGCUGUGGAUUCUCAGGUGAUUCCAUCUCAGGAUACAGGGACUGAGACGGUGUAUGCAACAUCUCAGACCCAGAAACCGUUGAUUCUGCCUAAAAACAGAGCAAUAACCACAUCCCAUCCUCUUGAUUUAAAUGAAAGGUUAUGGGGGAAUAAAAGAUGAACCUUUUUUUUCUUUGUCAGA